AUGCCAUCGAAUAUAUAUCUAAGAAAAUUGAACCGAGAAGCGGAUCAAAUCUCUGGAGCCACUCGAAGAUUCUUUGGCCAGCAAGUGCCAGAUUAUGUCAAAACAUUGCCCAGCAUAAAGAAAGACGCUAUUCGAUGGGGGUGCAACAUUCUAUAUUUUGGUAUUGGCCUCAUGUACAAUUGGGCUGUCAGUGCAGUCCUACAACAAAUGCCAAAUAUGCACAGAUUCCCAUCCAAUGUUGCUGGCAUGAUUGUCUUGUUCUUUCUGCUCAUGUGUUCCCAUACAGCAUGUCCCAAAUUCACAGAUAAACUAGUGCUAUUUAUUGAUCCAUAUUCGUCCUUUGCGCUAAGAAGCAUGAACAUCAUGUUUGUGCCUGCUGUAGUAGAGAUCGUCAAUAAUCCACCUACUACUGGAGAUGAAGUGGGCAGAAUGAUUUGUGUGUUUCUCGUUGCCUAUGUUAUUGGCUUCGUAUUGUGUACAUUUAUAGUUCGUGGACUACGCCUUGUGCUAUUUACCCCUUUUUCGAUAAAACAUAAAAAGAAGGACCUUGAUGUAGAUGUGGGUGAUUUAGCAGCACCUAUGGAGCUUAGCAGCUAUACUGAGAAAACCAAGAUGCAUCGAAAUAGAACACUGGACGAAGAAGAUGUGGAGAUUGGUAUGCCAGGCAGCGCUUAUCUGAAUAGAGUCUCUUCUGUUGUUACUUUCGAUACACCCAUUCGACCUCUUUCAGACGACGACGCUGCUUCUUGCGCUAGUACACUCAAUCAUUCUCCGUCAUCCGCAUCUCUCAGAGCAGAUCACAUGGGUAGCUCAAGCAAUGCUGUUGUCGGCGAUGGUAUAGCAGAGUGCUGCUCAGGCAAUAGCAACGCUUUCUACGAACCGAUCAAUUCAACAAGGCCAAAGAAACAUGGUCCACUCCACUCAUUUGCUUUAUGGUGCAUGCAACAAUCAACAUUUGACGACCUCACCUUGUUCAUCAUCUUUAGCUUGUGCGCUUUUAUUUUUUUGCCCUUGCCAGAAGACAACCCAGCAAUGCCAUUCUUUCGACUCUUUUUGUAUUUCACCAUGACACUGCUGUUGUACUCAGCUUCGCGUCGUUUACCGGCCAGAUUGAGAAUUAUCAUUCAUCCCAUUAUUUUGACGUCUGCUUGCACAAUGGCUGGUAUUGCCUAUUUUGAACGAGUCAAAGGAUUCGAUAUCAAGCAUGGCGUAAAUCUGUACAAGACCGGCAUUACAUUUAUUUCACUCGUAGAAAAGACCAAUGUUGGCUGGCCGGGUGGUGGCGAUAUUUUAGGUGCGGCCAUGGAUGUUUCCAUCAUCUCUUUGGCUUUCAAUGUGUAUAAAAGUAGACCUGGAUCAUUGCGCGAGUGGCUCAUCAUCGUGCUAUCUAUUGCUCCCAUGGCGUUUCUCAUCAUGUUUGUCACCCCUUUGUUUGCUCGCGGUAUUGGAUGUACACCAGCUGAUAGUUUGGUGUGGGCUUCAAGAUCAGUGACAACUGCUAUUGGUAUCGUAAUUGGCAAGGUGCUUGGUGCUGAUGAGAGUGUAGUAACUUGUAUCAUUGUAUUUACUGGUAUCAUGGGCCCUCUCUUUGGCCCAUAUUUAUUGAAACUUGCCCGUGUUCGAGAUGAUGAUCAUGUAACUAUUGGCAUCUCCAUGGGCUGUUGCUCUCAUGGCGUGGGCACAGCUUAUCUCAUUAGUAAAAAUCCUAUUGCUAGUGGCACGGCAUCUAUUGCCUUUGCUAUUUUUGGUACGCUAGGUGUCAUUGUCGCAUCAAUCCCAGUAUUAUCAGAUACCAUUAGACACCUCUCAGGUUUUUAA